AUGCAUCUGACCGUAACCUCCACACAGUCUCCAGCCUGCCAAUCAACAUCAUCUGACUUGUCUUCUCUUUUCCGGGUGCUAUGGGUCGCGGUUUCUUCCCCGCAGAGUCCAAUGGGCUGCAAAUAUGUGUUCGCAGGUUUGACUCAGCCGCUGUCGCAUGCAGUUAUCACCGCGUCGCCCUUCUUCCUGCUCGCGUUUUCAAUAACGAAGUUGCACUGCUGA